AUGAUAACCAGUUUUGAUAAACAUGUGGAUCAAAAUAUCUCAGAAACUAAAAAUCGGACCAGCAUAAUCUGUUGGAGUGAGAUGUAUCAUGCCUACGUUCCUCCAGGCUCAAUUAAUGAAAGUUAACCGGAAUCGACUACCAUCGCUCUUUGUCUUUCGUUGA